AUAGAUCCAAAUGCUGCUUUUUACUAUUAUUGGUCUUGUAUAGUAGCAAUAGGUAUUGUCUAUAAUGCCUUGGCAACAGUCAUAUUCAUAUUUGGUGACGUUUAUUCUCAAUUUUAUGGCUCUUGGCUUUCAUUAAAUAUAUUCUUUGAUUUAGUUUAUGCUGUUGAUAGUAUGUUAAUGACACGAAAAAUUUUCAUUCAGGAAGGUAUGGAAGUGCGUAAUUACUCAAAAACGUUUUGGAAUUACACAAAGGAUCCUUGCCAAUUCUUUUCGAAUUUCCACGUGGGGAAGUAUGAAAUUGGUGGACGUUUCAUUUUGGAUGUUCUAAGCUUAGUACCGAUUGAUUUGUUACUAUUCGUUCAGCCAUCAGUGUCUCUUCUACGAAUUGGCAGAUUAUUCAAAGUGCAUCGAAUAGCUGAUUUCUAUGAAAAGGCUAUUAAGCGAGCUUCAUUUCCACACGGAGCUCAAAUUUUUUUCCUCAUUUCUGCCUGUUUCAUCAUUUUUCAUUGGAAUGCCUGUGUUUACUUCCUCUUCAGUUUAGCAGAAGGACUGUCAG